CCCGGGUAACGUCGAGGGGGUCGGUGGCCGACGCCUCCUGAUCGACAAGCCACUAGACUUGUCAACCGGAGCUAAGUGGUACAAUAAAAAGCGCGGCUCGACACAUAAGUUACUACAGUUUGUUCCGAGCAGGUAAAGAUUCAGUAAAUAUAUUUAGCUAUCGUCUACAUCUGUACAAUGAGAAUUUCAGUGGCCUGCUUGAUGCUAUUCUUUAUCGGUAACUACAUUUUUGAUACACUUAUUAUUCAACUUAUUAUACUUUUUUUUAAACAUAUGCAGAUUUGUAUAAUAUAAACAGUAACAAAUUAAAAAGCCUAUAUUUUUUUUUAUAUAUCUUUAGUUAGUGAUGUAUUAUGUUAUUAAAGUUAUUUGAUUGGACAGUGUUAGACUAUGUAAUUUCUUGGUUGCGUCGUGUAAGUCAAUGCGCAACUGCCAGAUUUUUAACCCGCCAAUAGAGCAUUUUUUCGUAAAAGCUUUUAAAUAUAUCUCUUGAGAGCAGCGAUCGGCGAUCUUGGGAAAAUUACCCCUCAUUAGAUAAAAAUGAAAAUCUUGGAGGAAAUAAUGGCACAAAUGAUGUAAAUAAAAUUAUAUUGAAAGCCCGUUCCUUUUUUAGGAAAAAUUGUUUAUGGCAAAUCGCCAAACAUAUCAUGUGGUCAUUCAUGAAGUAGUAGUAAUGGCUCGGUAGUUGGCGUAACCGCACGUCUUGCCUCUAAGCCCAUUCUCUCUCAUGCAUAGUGGCGUCGCUGCUGUGUGUGUGUGUUGCCCUCUGCGCUAAAGCUCAAAAUGUCUCCCCACUCCGGAAAUUCCCCCAUGGUCCUCCACCGAGUCUGCCAUCUCUGGUGGCGACCCGCCCUAGUGUUAUCCUGAGGUGAUGGCGCCUUGUUCUGGUGGCACCCUUUUCUUAUGGCCCCCUGGUCUGGUGAUAACAUGCUCUUGUAUUUAACUUAGCUCCAAAUUUACCAUGUUCCAUUCGGUGCCACCCUUCUUGAGGGGUUUCACGUCAACGUGAGGGUGCCAUUCCCUGUGAGGGUGUUACCCCCUGUGAUGGUGUCACUUCUUCCAACCCUACACCAUCAUCACCUUAGUAACUCUACCGCUUAUGCACAAAACAUCAAGGGCUACAAAGACCUCGAAACUUUCAUACAAAGGGGUGGUCGAAACUUUGCUGCCUUUAGCAGCAUCCCACUUUAGUUAUCAGGGAUUGUUCACGCCCAAAAACAUUUUAAAAAUUCAGAGAAUUUUGUAUUGUACCGAAUAUAGUAUCCAAAUUUACCCUUUUAAAAGUUAUAAUUUUAUAAAGGUAUAAUUUUAAUUUAUAGUAUAAUUGUAUAACAGUAUAAUAAUUUUUAUUAUCCGUUUAAAUAAAUUCAUUAAACCAUUUUGUAUUUAAAUAGUCUAAUCUUUUGGUCUCCCUUUCAAUGAUUUUUGGGAAAGGAAAAAAAAAGGGGGGGGGGGGAGAGGUGGAUAACGCUCAAGGUAAGCAACGGUAUUUAACUGUCAAUUUUUUAUUAUCCGUUUAAAUAAAUUCAUUAAACCAUUUUGUAUUUAAAUAGUCUAAUCUUUUGGUCUCCCUUUCAAUGAUUUUUGGGAAAGGAAAAAAAAAGGGGGGGGGGGAGAGGUGGAUAACGCUCAAGGUAAGCAACGGUAUUUAACUGUCAAUGAGUUCCCCGGUUCCCCGUUCCCUGAAACCUCCCCCCCCCCUCCUUUCUUCUCUAGGAUGUCACCUUAUUUUCAUAUGAGAACACAAAGGGACCUGUUAAAUUACUCUUAAACAGGAAACAUGCGUCGAUCAAUUAGUUUGUUUCUCGCCCUUUAAGUCCAUACUUGAAUACAUAUUAGUACCACAGUGAACUAUUUCAAAUUGGACAACUUCACGGAUGAAUUUAUUGCUUUAAAAUUAUUAUUAUUAUUUUUUUUUAAAUUAAUUUAAUGAAAUUUAUACCAUAUAUUUUAUACUCGAGUAUAAGGCAAACCAGUAUAUAGAUUACACUCUUAGUUCGAGGUUCUCAAAGUCGCUAUUUUGAGGUGAUACAUGGCCCUCUUCCUGCGUUAAAUUAACUAAUAUUUAUAAAGCAGACGUCUCACAAAUGUUUCAACAACAUCCUUGAAAACUGAAAAAAUAAUCUUCCUAAACUAAGAAUUGAACAGAAAUCUUAAUUUUGUUUAAUGGAUUCCCCCCUGCUCGAGGAUAAGCUGGAGCCAGUGAGAAAACGACUCUACGCCUUUUCCUAUAAAUGACUACACAGCUCUGAAUAAAAGUACCCGAAAUUGAUGUCGUGUGGAUAGGUCGCAGCCCUGAUUUUUAUCAAAAUUUUUUGGUUUCAAAAGUACGACCUAUACGCCAGUAUCAGUACAUACGGUAAGUCUUGAAAAAGUCAUUUAUUUUACGCAGGUGUGUGGGGGGAGCAGAAGUGCACGAGAGACGGGAACGGCGUCCUGAGGUACAACGGUCGGCCGUGCGCCAGCACAACUCGCUAUGAUGAUGGACGUCGGGGAGCGUGUGGGUGUGGGCCGAGAAACUCAGGUAACUACAAGUGUUAAGAGGAGGUUUGUAACAAAUGCUAUGUUAACUAAAUGCUGCUGUUAAAAAAUAUUUAAAAUCACGAGGAAAAUACCUCAAGUAAACGUGCACGUGAUUUCAUUUUUUUUUUGAUCACGUGAUAUAAACGUUUAUUUCUUGACAGCGUUUGAAAUCAGCUUUAAAAGAUACACAUCUAAAAAAAAAUUCGUUUAUGACAACCGUUUCCUGUAGAUUAGGUUUCCCUUUUUCGCAACUUUUCUAAGAGGUAUUAGAGUAUUUAUAACAAAAACUUAUUUUUUUUCCCUUUUGUCAUCAAAUAGCUAUAUUCAAACCAUUUCGUUAUAAUUAAGUCCAGGGAAAUUUUUUUCCUUAAUUUAACCAAGGGAAGCAACUUUCAACAAUAGCCUCCCUUCAUAUGUGUCUGCUCAAUCGCUUCAAAUAUGUUGAUGGAUACUGACUCCAGAUGAUGGAGUAUGUUUUUUAUACAACAAAUUGGAGUAAAUGAUGACAGGAAUCCCUAGGGCUGUCUUUUUUAUAUCAUGUUAUAAUUUAUGCCAAUAAUUUUUUAAUGUACUGUCACGAAUUAUGUAUAUGCAUUGUCACAGACACCCCAUUUGGAUGGAACUUGGCUGAUUACGUCACUGCACCCAGUCAGAAUUUCUUCCGUGGUGAUAAUUUGUGGUGUGGCGCAGCUUGUGGCUCGUGUGUAAAGCUAACCCCAACAGGUGGGUAAGACAUAGUUGCCGAAUUGGCACUGAAGAAUUUGAGUUUGGCUGAAUAAGCCCAGAAACAAAAAAAUUUGAUCGCCCCUCGGCCUGUUUGGCUCAGAUCAGGAUGUGGUGUCCUUUCUUACACCACGGGGUUGCGAAACACGUGCAAAGGAAUGUGAUAUCUCACUUGACUUUCAGCCUUGGUCGGGACGAUCGGUAGAGCAAAUGAGAGAGCCGCAAGGCCAAGAGACCCGCAAGGGCAGACUUUGAAGAGGGACUACCCCCAGUAUCACAGUAGCCUACUUCUGGGGGAACCCUUAAUUGGAAAGCCUUUCCCAGAGCCUUGACAGCCCCCCCCCCCAAAAAAAAAAAAAAAAAAAUCAGUAGGUGUAAAUUCAAAAAGCUAGCGGUCUAGAGUUCCAUCCCCAAACAAAGUGGAGAUGCAAAAAGCCCCCCAGAACCCUCCCCCCCUCCCCCCCCCCCGGGUGGAUGUGACCCGCUAAACUUGGACGGCAUCUCAUUUAAGAAAAGUAAGGCAAACUCUUAAUUCAACCCCGGAUUUGGGAGUCCCGUAUGCGGAUAACACUGACACAAUGAAAAUUCCACCAACUCCUUCCACGCUAAUGGUGUCUAUGGUAUUAUCCACAUAAGAUGUUCCCUUGGGGUUAUCCAGGAUUGCCCAGACCACAACACAACUAAAGGGGCCUAAGAAAAUAUGGAAUGACAAAAAUAUACCACCCAGCACCAAAAUCAGGCUGAUGACCUCAUUAGCCCUCUCCAUUUUUUUUUUUUUUUUUUUGUAUGUCUGUUAAUCCUGGAAAUCAACAGCAGAACUUGGAAGAAAAAAAAAGGAGAGGGGGAUGAGCGUUUUUAGAAGCGUUCCUGGAAUCUGCUAUAGAAACCUUAUCUCUAACAAACAAGUCAAAAAAAACAUUCGUCAAGCAAAGGCGAGUUAUGAUGACCUCCUGGGAACUGUAAAAAAAAUCGCAAACUGGAAUGGUAUGGCCACGUGACAAGAAAAAAAAAGGGCUCGCUAAAGAAAUCAUGCAGGGCAAAACGAGAGGAGGGAGAAGAUGAGGAAGACAGAGAAAAACACGAGAAGAUAACAUCAAAGAGUGGACGGGACUAAAGCUGGCGAUGUUGUACGAAGUGCAGAAAACAGAGAGGAAUGGAGGAGGAUAGUUUUCAUGUCAUCUGUAGCGCCCCAACGGUCCAAGGACUAAGAGACAUGUGUAUAUAUAUAUAUAUAUAUAUAUAUAUAUAUAUAUAUAUACAUACAUACACAUAUAUAUAUGUAUAUUGGGGUUAUCCAGGUGCGUGGAAAGAUUUGCUUUGUAGGGAACAAGCUUAUCAUCCUAGACCAGUGGUUCUUAACCUGGGUUCGAUCGAACCCAGGGGUUCGGUGAGUCAGUCUCAGGGGCUCGUCGGAGGUAAAAAAAAAAAAAAAAUCAUAAAAAACAAUCAUAUUUUAUUGUUCCUAUUAAGAUGGGUUCGGUGAAUGCGCAUAUGAAACUGGUGGGGUUCAGUACCUCCUAUUAAGAUGGGUUCGGUGAAUGCGCAUAUGAAACUGGUGGGGUUCAGUACCUCCAAAAAGGUUAAGAACCACAGUCCUAGACAAUCAUUCCUGGCCGUGUGAUCUCGUCCUGCGAAGUCUACACCGGCGUCACUUUUUGACGGACGGAUGACACAAAAAAAAAUUAAUAUUCAAGCGUAAAUUCUGAUUUUUUUUUUUCAACAAAUUGCCCACAUUAUGUCAAAGGGAAUUACCAAAAAGAGCCAAAAGUCAGCAGCAGGGCGAUUCAAUUUUUUUUUUUUUUUUUUUUUUUUUUUUUUUGAGAAACCACUGAACUAGACAAAUAAGUUCUGGAGCGUCACAAGGUUGCCUUCUCUCCCCUGUCCUGUGUACAAUAUAUACUUAUAAAAUCCAGAGCCCAAGCAACACCCUUGCAAUCAUUCAAUGUGCAGUUGGUGCCAAUAACGUUAGCUUAAUAUCUAAAAUGGAACGCUUAUACCGCAACUUAGUUACAAGCUUGUGGUGGGUGUGUGUGGGGGGGGGGUGAAAAUCUUACAAAUAUCUGAUAUAUUCAUUUAUAAUCUUGUCAAAAUCAUUUAUUUUAAAAUCAUGAGUUUCAACACAAAAACACACACGCGCGAAAUAGUGGUUUGUUUUGUUUGUUUUUUUAUUGUUUUUUUUAAAGUUAAAACAAUCUCUUUCCAAAUGCUACAUCAAUGGUGACAUUUUAAAAAAAACAUCGUAUAUUGUUAAUUCCAAUUUCACUCAGGUAACAAAUACUUACUUAAUUAUGCCCUACAAUUUUACAGGAGGUUUCGUGCCCUGGGAGGGCAGAGCACCACGCAACACCAACUCUGUAACAUUCAUGGUCACCAACGUCUGUCCUGUCGUGGGCAACUGGAAAUGGUGCUGUAAGUCUAACUGGGGUGUCUGGCAUCAGACGACCUGAUUUUAUAGUUUGUUUCACUUUUUGAUUUUUUUUCAAAGGCUCCUUUAAAAGUUAAAACGCACUGAAAUGCGUUGUCCUUUGUUCACUUGGUUCAGCAUUACAGCGAAUCUGUGAAGAAUUGCUAGGUCUAAUCUCAAUACAUGUUAGGUCUAAUCUGAAUACAUGUUAGGUCUAAUCUGAAUACAUGUUAGGGCUAAUAUGAAUAAUGUUAGGGAUAAUCUGUUAGGGAUAGCAUGCCAAAACAUGUUAGUUCUAAUCUGAAUACAUGUUAGUUCUAAUAUGAAUACAUUGUAGGGCUAACCCUAGCUAGUCUUUAUUUUAACACCAGUCUGGGGAAAAAAAAAUCCCUUUUUUUAUAUAUAUAUACAAAGUUAAUGGCUUGUUAAAGUAAUUUUUUUUUUAGAUGGCUUCUAGCCCUAUGCCUUAAGACUUAAGACAAUUGGUUCAGUCGAUACCAGUCAAGUUUCUUUAACACUAUUCCUUGGACUAUAAUGGACAUUACUAAAGUCCCUGACCCUCAAAUAAGAAAUUAUUCAAUUUAUAAUAUGCUUCAUGCUUUAUUUAGUCAAUUUAUGAAAGUUACAAUCACCUAUUUGAUGAAUGUUAUCUUCAUUAGUUUUAUGAAAGCAGAUGAGAGAAUUUAUGAAAAGUUGUGAUCACACAAUUUAUGAAACUAGAUCAUCCAAUUAAUGAAACUAGAUCAUCCAAUUAAUGAAACUAGAUCAUUCAAUUAAUGAAACCAGAUCAUCCAAUUAAUGAAACUAGAUUAUCCAAUUAAUGAAACUAGAUCAUCCAAUUAAUGAAACUAGAUCAUCCAAUUAAUGAAACUAGAUCAUCCAAUUUAUGAAACUAGAUCAUCCAAUUAAUGAAACGAGAUCAUCCAAUUUAUGAAACUAGAUCAUCCAAUUAAUGAAACGAGAUCAUCCAACUUAUGAAACUAGAUCACCCAAUUCAUGAAAGUAGAUCAUCCAAUUAAUGAAACUAGAUCAUCCAAUUCAUGAAAGUUAUUAUUAGUCAAUUUAUGAAAGGAGAUCAUUCAAUUGUAUGAGCAUGGGUCAGCAAAUUGAUGAAAUUAAGAUCCGUCACAGUGGACUAUUUUUAUUUAUUUUUUUUUAUUUUUGUGUCUACAGCCAGCAGGAACAGUUACGGUUAUGACGUCCACUUUGACCUUCAGAAUAACAUUGGCCAAAUAUCUAAUGGAUUGGGUUGGGACAACGUGGAAGUCACGUGGGAGAAUGUCCCGUGCUCCCAAGACCAGAUCAAUAAAUAUAGGCAGUGCGAGUGCCGCUAAAUCUGAAGUGUUGCUCUCUUCGAACACCAAAAACAUUACUUUGAAUGUAAAAGCUGGUAAUAAAGUGAAGAUAUGCACAGCGAAAGU